CUACUCCUUACAGUCACUUGUGAAUACUUGAAGCUGAAGAACACGCACGGUCCUGUCAUCACUCCUUGACUGCAUCCACAGAGGGUUGGUGGCCACAGCCAUUGAGCAGCAGGAAUUGAAGGAAUUCCGACAUCUAGCCAAUUCUGUGCGCUUACUAAGCUGAAAAGGACCCAGACAGUGCAGUGACCUUGACAGGAUAAGUGUUUAAGACUGACUGAGUUGGACUGAACUGAGGGGAGCCACCCUCCAAAACUGCCAUGUUGUUCUGGGCUGUGUGGAGUAUAAUUUUGUUGCUGAUUCCACUGGAUUCUGCAGAAAAAGAGAAUGAGGAUAUCCGAGCAGGCUGCAGCACAGCAGUGAAUGACUUGGUCUUUAUUGUUGAUGGGUCGUGGAGUGUUGGGGUUGCGGAUUUCGAAACAGCCAAGCAAUGGCUUAUCAACAUCACCAGCCAGUUUGACAUCAGUUCUCACUAUACACAGGUGGCUGUAGUCCAGUACAGUGACACUCACCGUUUGGAGAUCCCUCUGGGAAAACAACAAAGUGCUGCAGAACUCAUUCAAGCUAUAAGAGGCAUCACUUACAUGGGAGGCAACACACAGACUGGCAGAGCCAUUAAGUUUGCUGUGGACCAUGUUUUCGCCACAUCCCAGCGAGCCAGCCAAGUCAAGAACCGCAUUGCUGUUGUGGUUACAGAUGGCAAAUCCCAAGAUGACGUAAUGGAUGCCAGUAUAGAGGCAAAAGCUCAAGGCAUUACCGUGUUUGCAGUUGGAGUCGGUAAUGAGAUCACAAAUUCGGAGCUUAUAUCUAUUGCAAACAAACCAGCUUCCACCUAUGUGCUGUAUGCUGAAGAUUACACCACCAUUGAUCGUAUUCGAGACUCUAUGGAGCAGAAACUCUGUGAAGAAUCUGUGUGUCCCACAAGAAUACCAGUGGCAUCUCGAGAUGAAAAAGGCUUUGAGCUAAUGGUGGGCAUGAAUAUUGAGAAAAAAGCAAAGAAAAUUCCUGGCUCCCUAGUGUCCGAGAAUGCCUAUGUCCUUACUACCGCAAAUGAUAUUACUGAGAACACCAGAGAAAUUUUCCCAGAAGGCCUUCCACCAUCUUACGUAUUUGUAGCCACUAUUCGUCUAAAGGGGAUUGCUCAAAGCUUGACCUUUGACCUCUGGAGAGUGCUAUCUAAGGACAGAAAGAUCCAGGCUGCAGUGACGCUAAACGGAAAGGACAAAACUGUCACCUUUACCACGACUAAAAUACCAAACAAGGAGCAGCAGAUUGUCUUCAGUAUGGGAUUUGAGGAUCUAUAUGAUGGGAUGUGGCAUCAGCUUAAACUCCUAGUAAGACCUAGCCAAGUUACCAGCUUCCUUGAUGAUCAACGACUUGAGGAAAUCACACCGGAGCCAAUGGAGCCCAUUUACAUCAAUGGGAAGACACAGGUGGCAAAGAGGCGUGGAAUAGAUGUCACCGUCCCUUUGCAAAUCCAGAAACUGCGUCUGUACUGUGAUCCUCUUCAGAGUGAGAGAGAGACAGCUUGUGAGAUCUUCUAUGUGGAUGAUGAAAGGUGUCCUCUGGAUCGAAAAGCCACGAUUGCAGAAGUUGAAGGCUCCAAUGGUGUCGUUGGACCUCCUGGGCAGCGUGGCCCGCCAGGACUCAUGGGCGAGAAAGGGGAAGCAGGACCACCCGGAGCUGAUGGUAAGCCUGGUGAAACAGGAAAUCCUGGCCCUCCUGGAUUGAUGGGGAAGAAGGGGAACGAUGGCUUACCAGGACCAAGAGGACUGCCUGGAAUCAAGGGUGACAGCGGGACGACUGGAUUCUCUGGACCUCAGGGUCUUCCUGGAGAGAGGGGUGAGCCAGGACCUCCAGGAGAGGCAGGACUAAAGGGAGAUCCUGGUACUGUUGGAGCUCAAGGAGUCCCGGGUGCUCAGGGACCUCAGGGAGAAGCAGGUCCACGGGGACCUCAGGGUGAAACGGGCUUGCAAGGACCACCUGGCAUUCAAGGACCAUCGGGCAACUGCGGUGAUUCACAGGUUACCGGUAAUGCUUGUCUUGGCUCACCAGGGCAGAAGGGCGCAACGGGAGAGCCAGGUUUUCCAGGCCUACCAGGUGCUCCUGGGCAUCCAGGAUACAAAGGUCAUUGGGGAGAGAUGGGUGCCCCUGGCCCAAAAGGAAAUAAGGGGGACCGCGGGAGAGAUGGAGAGGCUGGUGUUCCUGCAAUGCCUGGCCAAGCGGGACCCAGGGGAAGGGAAGGAGAGAAAGGCUUGAAAGGAGAUGAGGGCCCUAAGGGGGCUGAAGGAAAGAAAGGGGAUAUGGGCCACAAUGGCCACAGGGGUGCUGUUGGUCCAAGGGGAUUUCCUGGUUUAGAUGGGUUGCCGGGUCAACCGGGUCAGCCUGGAUUUCCUGGAAAGCCAGGCAAGUCUCCAUCAGAUGAGCAUCUUGUAAAGCUCUGCACUGAUGUCCUCCGUAGUCAACUUCCUGCACUUCUCCAGACCAUGGAUAGAUCAGCAAUGUGUGAACCCUGCGAUAUUGUGAAGGGCCCCCCUGGUGAGACAGGUGCCCCAGGACCCAAAGGCUCCAUGGGAAUCCCUGGUUAUCCUGGCAGAACUGGCUCUCCAGGUUAUCCAGGGACUCCUGGAUUGCAAGGUGCUCCGGGCCUCAAAGGUGAAAUAGGACCAAGAGGGUUCAAGGGUAGCAAAGGUGAGGGUCAACAGGGGCGUCCAGGACCAUCAGGACAGAUGGGGGCUCGAGGUCCUCGUGGCUUUGAUGGAGUUGGACAACCAGGCAACCAGGGAAUUCCUGGGAAACCAGGACCCCCUGGAGAUCCCGGUAAAAGGGGUAAUCCAGGGACACCGGGGAUAUGUGACUUAUCCAUGUGUUAUCAGACCUACAACCUAAGGGAACGUUACAGCAAAGGACCCAAUAUCUGAUGGCAGAAACAGCAGCAAGGGACAGAAGUGCCACUGGCUUUAACACCCACAUGUAUCCAGAGGCGAUUUACUGUAUCACUGAUUCAUGUGUGACUGUUGACUCCUGCAGAAGCACGUUGCGCGCGGCAGAGCAACACUGGAGGCAGAAAUAACCUCAUAUGUUGAGUCAGACUGAAAUUGGUGGCACAUGAUUCAUAGUUACAGAAUUCAUGGUCAAAACAUCAGCUGAGGGAGAUAUUCUGGGAAACAAAUUGGACUUUUCCAAUUGGGACAGGUUUAUUAGUUGAAUGUUUUGAAGUGCCAUAAAAACAGAGUAGCAUUAAUAUUUAUGAGUUAUUUUUUGUUAUUUUUGUGUAUCUAGACAAGUAAAUAGUUGACGAGAUUGAAGGUUCCGCUAAUAGCAUUCCAAAGAGAUGAAACACCUUGUGCUUGUAUUUUAACUGAUUAAAAAAAAACAUAUUUAUUGAAAACAUCAUCCACACCUAAAUCGACUUCACCACAACUCUGAGGUAGCGUUAAUCGAUUUACAUAAUCAACAAGUUAUUUCUGCCUUGAGCGCUUAAAUGCUGCCUUAAAAUAAUGAUUGUAUGUGU